AACAAAGAAGAAGAACGGGAAGAAUGCCUUGCGGCAUAAUUACGCGCUAUCGCUCAUCCUGUCAAGUGUGCUGACACGUUCGAACUACGGCACUGUUUACGUGGAAUGUUUGAUAAUUGACACUGUCUGUUUCGUAUUCAUUACUGACGGGACUUGCCAUGCUGAAAGCAAUUAUUUUAAUUGGAGGGCCCUUGAAGGGCACUCGCUUCCGACCACUUUCUCUCGACAUACCUAAGCCCCUUUUCCCCGUUGCUGGUCUGCCUAUGAUUCAGCACCAUGUCGAAGCUUGUGCUCGUGUUCCCAAUCUUAAAGAAAUCCUUAUAAUUGGCUACUAUGCUGCUUCUGAACUUCAGCAAUUCAUCGCUGAUAUGGUGCAGGAGUAUAAAGUGAACAUUCGGUAUCUACAAGAAUUUACUGCUUUAGGUACUGCAGGUGGAAUGUACCAUUUCAGGGACCAAAUUUGUAGUGGGAAUCCUGAUGCGUUUUUUGUAUUAAAUGGUGAUGUUUGUGCUGAUCUUCCAUUACAAGAAUUGUUGUCAUUCCAUCAACUGAAAAAUGCUUUGGUUUCUGUAAUGGCAACUGAGGCUACCAGGCAGCAAUCUCUUUUAUACGGUUGCAUGGUCAGAGAUGAGGGAACAUCAGAGGUGCUGCACUAUGUUGAAAAGCCUUCCACUUUUGUCUCAACGCUCAUCAGCUGUGGUGUUUAUGUGUUUAGCACAGAAAUAUUCCAAACCAUGUCCACAGUUUUCAAUAACAAGCAAUCAGAUUACUACAGUGACAACACCCACAAUACAAAGGAAUCAAGCUGUAUGCAACUGGAGCAAGAAGUUAUAAUGCCUCUUGCAGGCACUGGAAAGUUCUUUGCCAUGCCUACUAGUAGGUGGUGGUCUCAGCUAAAGUCAGCUGGAUCUGCCAUUUAUGCUAACCGCCAUUAUUUACAUCUUUAUCAGUCAAAAUCUUCUCAACGUUUGGCUAAAAGUAGGUCUAAAGAUAAUCCUGAUGACACAGGCUGCAACAUCAUUGGUGAUGUGCAUUUACACCCCUCUGCAUCUGUGCACCCGACUGCUACUUUGGGCCCUAAUGUAAGUGUAGGGGCGGGUGCUAUCAUUGGUCCUGGAGUUAGAAUCAAGGAAUCAAUAAUUCUCUCUGGUGCAAGCAUUGCAGAUCACAGUCUAGUGCUGCACAGCAUUGUUGGAAGGGCAACUCAAGUUGGGAAAUGGAGUCGUGUGGAGGGAACUCCAUGUGACCCUAAUCCUAAUAAACCUUUUGCGAAAAUGGAUAAUCCUCCACUCUUCAAUCAAGAUGGUCGCCUCAAUCCAUCUAUAACUAUUCUUGGUUGUAGUGUCACUGUACCUUCUGAAGUGAUUCUAUUGAACUCAAUUGUGCUACCCUACAAGGAACUGACCCGAAGUUUUAAAAACGAAAUUAUCCUUUGAAGUUUUCUCUUCAAUCAAAUGUAAUGAAAUCAAGUGCCAGAAACAUAAAUUAAUUAAAUGUAUAUUUUUCUGAGUUGUAUGCCAAAUUAAAUUGUUCAUCAUUA